UACUCCGGUAAAUUACUUCCGGAUCCACAAAAAUUGUUAAAAUAUUGUCCAAACGACGUGCGUGGAGGAGGAGUUUGCUGAUUUUGUUGCUAGUGACUGCGCUUUUGUAAAAUAUGUGCUUUCUUUACUUGGAAAUGUUCACGGACAUUUGGAUCUUCUAUAGAAUUUACGUCACAAAAUAAUUUUUUUUUUCCCUCAUCUGUUUUAAAGCAAAAUUUUGUCUUCGAAUCUCCAACUGAUGUUUGUCUUUGUUCACUUGACUUCUUUAGGUUCUCUAAGAAUUGUUUAUUUUCUUCUUCUAGUGUAUUGGAAGAGAAGCUCCACCACCAGAAGUCCAAAUACCAGAUGAUGAAGAUAAUCGGUUCCAAUUCUAAGUUGAUUCAGAAAAAUCAAAGAUAAAGAAGCUCAUUUCUCACUUCGGAAUGCAUUAAUUGACCAUUUAUGGGAAAAUAUAGUAAUGAGAUGUUUAGAUAAUGUUUAUUUUGUUUUAUUAUUAUUUUCUAAUGUCAUUUGUAAUAAAAUGUUUAAUUUAAAUAAUAUUGCAAUUUUAUGAAAAAAAAUUAAAAGUUAUAAUAAAUUGGUUAAUUUGUAACAUUUAUAAGUUAAAUGUGUUAUUUAUAAAAUAAAAUUUUUUUUUUUAAGAAUAUUCUUUUAUAGAGAAAAGAAUAGAAAAAUAUAUUGGGGAGAAACUCACCUCUAUUAUGGAGUUCCUAUAUUAUAGAAGAAAAAAUAAAGGAAUACAUCUGAGAUGUUUUUAGGAGAGUAAUGCUGUACUGAUGUAUCAAUGUACUAUCGCUUAUAAAAAUAGCGUACAUUAAUGCAUUUGGAUUUUCAUAUUCCCUAUUGGAAAAGAAAAACCGCGUUUUCCCUUAUUCAGUACCAUAAGUAAAUCAUAAUACUAUAUGGCUUUAAAUUACCACUUUUUAAGGGCUAUAUAUAAUAGUAGAUCUUUUUCACUACGGAUAUUAUCAUAUAUUAACAUCUCACUGUUAGAUCAUUCUUAAAGGCUCGCUUCAUCUUCCUACCGAGGAAAGGUAAUGAUGUUUGCCAAGAAAACAGAACAGAAGUUCGGAUGCUAUUGUAAUGUUUUUGCUGUUUGGUCUCGUUCUUCAAGAUGGCAAAAAGCUUCAAAGUGCAAACUCCAUAUCCAGAAUCUGCUAUGUUCUGUCAAGGUGCAACGAGCACGAACAGAGUGUAUGGUCAGACAGUCCCGGUCCGAUAUUGCUCAACUCGUUCCUUACGGCCGCUUUCGUGAAGCACUUCCUAAGGCGAAGCAGUUCUAUGAAGAUGAGAGAAGGCUAUUAGCUUACGAUCAGGUCAAGUACUUGUGCACAUCUAUAUUGCAGAGUUUUUCUCCUCUACUUCAUCAAAGCGAUGUUCAUCUCUUACCGGAUGAAAUGAAAGAAGCAAUGGCCGGACUGAUAUUUGCCGCAUCAAGAAUCGGGGAGCUUAAGGAGCUACAAAUCAUAAGGUGCUUGUUCGUUCAAAGAUUUGGGCAGAAGUUUGACAAAGAUUGCGUAGAUUUGCGUCCAGGGAACCUAGUGAGCUCGGAGAUAGUUAACAUUCUAGACACGACUAUGCCGCAAGAUGCAAUUAGUCCAGAGAUCAUAAUGGCAAUUUCACAAAAGUACCAAACCGACUUCAUUACUUCCGUGGAUUCAAUAACUGAAGAUUCAGCUUCACUUAAUAAUCUUGGCAAUGCUGAUUCUGAUACGCUUGCAAGGAGAAAGAAAGUCACGAAGGAGAAUCCAAAGUGUCUGCAUACAGAUCGUGGAGAGUCUCAAGAAAGAGAUCGGUCAAAGUUCAUGAGAUAAAAGUUUGAUUGUGAUUGUGGUUUUGCUUUGAUGUUUCCACUAAAACUCAUGUAUUGUUGAUAGUAAAACUACUAAAAGAACAAAAAUAAUCUUUUUAUUUUUAGUUAGUUUUAGAAUUUAGUAUGUUUUGUCUUGCUUAACUUAUAUGGUGAUAUCAUACAUUGUUUAUAUUGAGAUUCAUCUUUUGUUCUUAUAGCGAGUGGAACUAUUGAACUGAAAGAUUUAUUUGAGUCCCGAAAAAAAUUGGGGCUAUUGCUGAUUAAACGUAUAAGAGCAACUACAACGAUAAGAAACCACAUAAGUUUCAAUAAAAAAAUACUCUCUCUGUUUCAUAAUAAAUGUCAUUUUAACAUUUCUUCUUCUUACACAAAAAAAAUCACUUUAGAAUUCUAAUGCAAAUUAUACUUACUUUCAGCUGAAAUUAAUUGCAAACUGCAUUGAUUUUAUAAAUAAUUUUAUUUAUCUAAAAUAUUAUUGGUCAAAAAAGUGUAACUAAUAACAAUUUAAAUACAUUUCAGUCACUUUCUUAAUUUGUGUGAAAAAUCUCAAAGUGACACUUAUUUAAAAACUGAGGGAGUAUUAGUAUUAUAAUUAUUCAAUUAUGUUUAAUUUUUUCUUAGCCAACAAAAUCACUAAUUUUUGCUUACAUGAUGACAUGUGUCUUUUGGGUAUACUAGUUUCUAAAAACCUCUAAGAUUAGAACUUUUGGUCUUUUCUAUCUUAAUUUU